UGCUUGUUGAACGUGUGGCGGGAGGCAAGCGCAGUAACAAGUUUUCGUCAUGUUACAUGUUUAAAUCUAUAAAAAGCGGGCUUUUACACAUUUGGAAGAAAUUUAAGUGCUUUGUUAUUAUACAUAUAAUUAGUAACAUUCAGAUUAUGAAGGUUGUGUUAUCCAAUUCAGGGCUAGGGAGUCAUGGUGGCGUUGAGAGAAGGUAUCUGCCCUGGAUUAACUGAGGAUUUCAUCAGCGCUUUACAUUCAGAGGACAUCAGAACAGUUGAAGACUUUGUGUCAUGCAACCCCGAGGAACUUGCUCAAAAGUGUUCACUGUCCUACAAGGCUCUGGUAGCUGUUCGGCGUGUACUCCUAGCUCAGUACACUGCUUUCCCCGUCUCUGGAGCUGAUCUUUAUCAAGAGCUGUUGAGCUCCACAGCAAUUCUGUCCACAGGCAGUCCCAGUUUGGAUAAGCUUUUAGACUCUGGGCUGUACACAGGGGAAAUAACAGAGCUAACGGGAUGUCCAGGCAGUGGAAAAACACAGGUGUGUUUCAGUUUUGCAGUUAAUAUAUCGCACCAGCUCAAGCAGAGUGUUUUUUACAUCGACACGAAGGGCGGUAUGUGUGUGAACCGGCUGCUUCAGAUGCUGCAAACCAGGACUUCUAAUGUUGAGGAACAGAUGGAGGCUCUUCAAAAAAUCAAGGUCUUCAGAGCAUUCGAUGUCUUCUCCUUGCUUGCAUGUCUUCAACAUCUACGAUUUAAUGGCCUUCAACAGGCGUCCGUUGGAGGUGGUUCAGUCAAAGCUGUGAUCGUGGAUUCAGUCUCUGCUGUGCUCUCAUCCAUGCUUGGAGGAAAACAGAAUGAAGGUAUGUCCCUGCUGAUGCAAGUUGCUGGAGAGUUGAAGAUGAUUGCAAAAGACUUCAACAUUGCUGUACUGGUGACAAAUCACGUGACCCAGGAUGGAAACGGUUGUUUGAAAGCUGGACUCGGACUGUCGUGGAGCCACGUACCUCGCACACGUAUACUCCUGCAGAGAGUGGAAAAUCCAGGCGUUUCAUCAUCUAGUUUACGAACCGCAACACUGACCAAAUCAUCAAGACAGCCUUGUCAUCUAGUAGAAGAUUUUGAUCUUUGCAACUGGUCUGAUGAGAGGAACUCUGUAUCAGGAAAGCGGAAACUAGAAAACAGUUAACCACGACAGCAUUUCAUUUGCAUAAGAAAUGACUACACUUUGUUCUAAGAGAAAAUACUAAUAGUUGAUUUCGGAAAGACUAUACAAGAUAAAUAUUUGUUAUUGUUAAUGUAUAUUUCAAAGUUAAGCUGUGUGUUAGUUUGUUUUGCUACAUCAAAAUGUUUCAGUUUUUUAACAAACAAGGUUGUUUGUCUUUGAAUUAACAAACUGAUUCUUCUGUAUUACGUCUUUAAUUGUCAAAAAAAUUCUCAUUAAAAUGACACAGUGUUGGCACCUUGA